UGUCAAGGGACAAAUAACAAGCUGACUCAGCUGGGACAUGUGGAAGACCAUUUCACCAGCCUGCAGAGGAUGUACAACAACUGCGAGGUGGUACUGAGCAACCUGGAGAUUACAUACGUGGAGCACAACCGGGACCUUUCUUUCCUGAAGACGAUACAGGAGGUUGCAGGCUACGUGCUCAUCGCGCUUAACAUGGUGGAUGUCAUUCCCCUAGAAAAUCUCCAGAUCAUCCGAGGCAAUGUGCUGUAUGACAACUCUUACGCCCUGGCAGUUUUAUCUAAUUAUCACAUGAAUAAAACCCAGGGACUCCGAGAGCUGCCAAUGAAACGGCUAUCAGAAAUUCUCAAUGGAGGUGUUAAAAUCAGCAACAACCCCAAAUUGUGCAACAUGGACACUGUUCUUUGGAAUGACAUCAUUGACACGAGCAAGAAGCCUCUCACGGUGCUUGAAUUUGCAAGCAACCUGUCUUCUUGUCCCAAAUGCCAUCCGAACUGCACAGAAGACCACUGCUGGGGCCCUGGCGAACAGAACUGCCAGACAUUAACGAAAGUCAUCUGUGCCCAGCAGUGCUCUGGCCGGUGCAGGGGAAAGGUGCCCAGCGACUGCUGCCACAACCAGUGUGCUGCGGGGUGCACGGGGCCUCGGGAGAGCGACUGCCUGGCAUGCCGCAAGUUUCGGGAUGAUGCUACGUGCAAGGAUACGUGUCCCCCCUUGGUCCUGUAUAACCCCACCACUUAUCAGAUGGAUGUCAACCCUGAUGGAAAAUACAGCUUUGGAGCCACUUGUGUGAGGGAAUGUCCACACAACUACGUGGUGACAGACCAUGGCUCCUGUGUUCGCUCGUGCAAUACUGAUACUUAUGAAGUGGAAGAAAACGGUGUUCGGAAGUGUAAAAAGUGUGAUGGGCUAUGCAGCAAAGUGUGCAACGGUAUCGGAAUAGGUGAACUUAAAGGGAUCCUCUCCAUAAACGCCACAAACAUUGACUCCUUCAAAAAUUGUACCAAGAUCAAUGGGGAUGUCAGCAUUCUCCCAGUUGCAUUUUUAGGUGAUGCCUUCACGAAGACCCUACCCUUGGACCCCAAGAAGUUGGAUGUCUUCAAAACAGUCAAAGAAAUAUCAGGAUUUUUGUUGAUUCAGGCCUGGCCUGAUAAUGCUACUGAUCUCUAUGCUUUUGAAAAUCUGGAGAUUAUACGAGGCAGAACCAAGCAACAUGGCCAGUAUUCCCUUGCUGUUGUUAACUUGAAAAUACAGUCCUUAGGGCUGCGCUCCCUCAAGGAAAUAAGUGAUGGAGAUGUUGCCAUUAUGAAAAACAAGAACCUCUGCUAUGCUGACACCAUGGACUGGCGCAGCCUGUUUGCAACUCAGAGCCAGAAAACAAAGAUUAUACAGAACAGAAAUAAAAAUGAGUGUGCUGCUGCCAGGCACGUUUGUGACCCCCUGUGCUCGGACGUGGGUUGCUGGGGCCCAGGACCCUUCCACUGCUUCUCCUGCAGGUUUUUUGAUCGCCAGAAGGAGUGCGUGAAGCAGUGCAACAUCCUGCAAGGGGAGCCAAGAGAGUUUGAAAGGGACUCCAAGUGCCUUCCCUGCCAUCCUGAGUGCCUGGUGCAAAACUCUACUGCGUACAAUGCAACCUGCACUGGACCUGGCCCUGACAAUUGCAUGAAGUGUGCCCAUUUUAUAGACGGCCCCCACUGUGUGAAGUCCUGCCCGGCAGGGGUUCUGGGUGAGAAUGACACCCUUGUCUGGAAAUAUGCCGACGGGAAUGCUGUUUGCCAGCUCUGCCAUCCAAACUGUACUCGGGGGUGCAAAGGGCCAGGUCUUGAAGGCUGUCCAAACGGCUCCAAAAUCCCGUCUAUCGCAGCUGGUGUCGUCGGAGGUCUCCUGUGCCUGGUGGUGGUUGGCUUGGGCAUCGGCCUUUACUUGCGGAGACGCCACAUCGUCAGAAAGCGGACCCUGCGCCGGCUGCUGCAGGAGAGGGAGCUUGUCGAACCACUGACACCCAGCGGGGAGGCACCGAACCAAGCUCAUCUGAGAAUUUUAAAGGAAACAGAAUUUAAAAAGGUCAAAGUUUUAGGCUCAGGAGCUUUUGGCACUGUUUAUAAGGGACUUUGGAUCCCAGAAGGGGAGAAGGUUAAAAUUCCUGUUGCUAUUAAAGAGUUGAGAGAGGCUACAUCACCAAAAGCCAACAAGGAAAUACUCGAUGAAGCUUACGUGAUGGCUAGUGUUGACAAUCCUCAUGUGUGCCGCUUGUUGGGAAUCUGCCUCACUUCUACUGUCCAGCUCAUCACACAGCUGAUGCCUUACGGCUGCCUCCUUGAUUACAUCCGAGAGCACAAGGACAACAUCGGCUCCCAGUACCUUCUCAACUGGUGUGUGCAGAUUGCAAAGGGAAUGAACUACUUGGAGGAACGUCGCCUGGUGCACCGUGACCUUGCUGCCAGGAACGUCCUUGUUAAGACUCCUCAACACGUGAAAAUCACGGACUUUGGGCUGGCAAAGCUGCUCGGCGCUGAUGAGAAGGAGUAUCACGCUGAGGGAGGCAAGGUUCCUAUUAAAUGGAUGGCCUUGGAGUCAAUUUUACACCGGAUUUACACUCAUCAAAGUGAUGUCUGGAGUUAUGGUGUGACAGUUUGGGAGCUGAUGACAUUUGGGUCCAAGCCAUACGAUGGGAUCCCUGCCAGUGAAAUCUCCUCUGUUUUGGAGAAGGGCGAGCGUUUGCCCCAGCCCCCCAUCUGUACCAUUGAUGUGUACAUGAUCAUGGUCAAAUGCUGGAUGAUUGAUGCAGACAGCCGUCCCAAGUUUCGUGAACUGAUAGCGGAGUUCUCAAAAAUGGCCCGUGACCCCCCACGCUAUCUCGUUAUACAGGGAGACGAUAGGAUGCACCUGCCCAGCCCUACGGACUCCAAGUUUUAUCGCACCCUGAUGGAGGAGGAGGACAUGGAAGAUAUAGUGGACGCGGAUGAGUAUCUCGUGCCACACCAGGGCUUCUUCAACAGCCCCUCAACCUCCCGCACUCCUCUCUUGAGUUCAUUGAGUGCUACUAGCAACAAUUCUGCUACAACCUGCAUUGACAGAAACGGGGGGCACCCUGUGAGGGAAGACAGCUUUGUCCAGAGGUAUAGCUCAGACCCAACAGGCACUUUCUUGGAGGACAGCAUAGACGAUGGCUUCCUGCCAGCCCCGGAGUACGUCAACCAGUUGGUGCCCAAGAAAGUAUCUGCCUCAGCAGUCCAGAAUCCGAUCUACAACUUCUCUCUCACAGCAAACUCAAAGGUCCCCACGGACUCCAGCUACCAGAAUUCACACAGCACAGCUGUGGAUAACCCUGAGUAUCUCAACACCAACCAGUCUCCACUGGCCAAGACAGUCUUCGAGAGCUCUCCUUACUGGAUCCAGGCGGGCAACCACCAAAUAAAUCUGGACAAUCCUGACUACCAGCAGGACUUCUUACCGAAGGAAACCAAACCUAAUGGUCUCUUGAAAGUUCCCGCGGCAGAAAACCCGGAGUACUUGAAGGUAGCAGCACCAAAAAGUGAAUACAUUGAAGCCUCAGCAUGACCAUAGAGGAUUUCUUCUUGCAGCGAGGCAAGCCAGACUCUCGGUGAACUACCUGGCUGCUGCAAGAACAGACUCUUGCUCAGAGCGAACAGCAACCGCAAUGCAUCAAUAAGCACACCUGUCUUUUUCAGCAUGGGGGCUGAAACUGCAAAGCCUAUCUGAUGGUAGUUUGGGUCUUUUCUUGCCCAUUUCCACAUAAUAACUGAGGCCCAUAGCCUGCACUCAGAUGCAUGUUGGGAUGAAGCGGGGUCUUCCUGGACAGAAGAAAUACGGAUGCAUUCCUUUCAUUUUCAAAUGGUAGCAUGGUAAGAAGCCACUCUGGGAUGAACUUGAGAGCUGUACAAUGUGUACAGUCAAAUUCCUUUCUACAGUCUGUAUUUUUAUAAAUGUUUCUAACAGAAUUUUUGGAUCUUUUACAAGAUCAGACGCUUGUACUGCUGGUCUGCUAUGUGGUGCUCAGAUCACCAGCAG